AUGGAGAUGCAGAAGAAUGUCUCAGAAUUCGUUCUACUGGGACUUUCUUAUGACCAUGGCAUACAAAUGUUUUGCUUUGCUCUCUUCUUGGUCUGUUACACAUCUCUUUUGGUGGGAAACCUUGUGAUACUUAUCUCAAUUCGAUGCAGCCCUCUUUUUCAUCAGCCAAUGUAUUAUUUCCUCAGCCACCUAGCGUUAAUGGAUAUUUGCUUUACCUCCUGUGUGACUCCAAAAUUCAUUGGUGACCUUCUUGUAGUAAGAAAAACCAUCUCCUAUGCUAACUGCAUGCUGCAGGUCUUCGCUAUGCACUUCUUUGGAAUGACUGAAGUCUUAAUCCUGACAGUCAUGGCCUUUGAUCGCUAUGUUGCCAUCUGUAAGCCUCUCCACUACGUGAUUAUCAUGAACAAGACAAAAUGCCAUCUCCUACUUUUAGCUUCCUGGGCUGGUGGAGCCACCCAUUCUUUUCCUCAGGUUUUUAUUGUGAUACUGUUACCCUUUUGUGGUCCCAAUGAAAUCGACCAUUACUUCUGUGAUAUUUUUCCUUUGUUGAAAGUUGCUUGCACUGACACCUACAUCACUGGUGUCCUUGUGCUGGCCAAUUCAGGCAUAGUCACCUUGGUGACGUUUGUGGUUCUUUUUGUUUCAUACAUCAUUAUACUCUUCACUUUAAGAACUCACUCAGCAGAAGGACGUCACAAAGCUCUCUCCACCUGUGGCUCACAUAUCACUGUGAUAGUUUUAUUUUUUGGACCUGCAAUCUUCUCUUACCUAAGACCUCCUACCACUUACCCUGAAGAUAAAAUAUUUGCUCUGUUAUACACAAUCAUCGCACCUAUGUUCAAUCCCUUAAUCUAUACGCUGAGAAAUGCAGAGAUGAAAAAUGCCAUGAGAAAAGUUUGGUGUUGA